GCGGGUCCUGUUGCUUGAAAUCAAAAUCGACUCCCAUGGCCCAUAUAUGUACCUCGUGUGGCUAUUGAUGGCUCUAUUGAAUCAAAUUUUGUCCCCCCAACAUUGAGGCGUCCGGACCCAGGCUAGUGGAAACUUCUUGUUUGAACAAUGUCUCUUAAACCCCCACGGCAGCCGAAGCUACGGUCUAGUUGCAAUGGAUGCGGCUCUGCAAAAGUCAAAUGCGACAGAGACCAGCCUAUGUGCGGCAGAUGUGCUACUCUCGGCAUCACUUGUGUUUACGGUGUGUCACGCAAGAUGGGGAAACCGGCAAGGGAGAGGUUGAAAGUCUCAGACGUGCCGAGAGUAUCAGGCACGCCAGAGAAGCAACCAGCUUUCCCCAAAGAUCACAAAUGUGACGACGACAAUAGAGAUUACUGCCUAGGGCGGUCUGGUAGAAGGACGGAUCCUUCUUCGAGGUCAGGGUCGUCUUCGAGUAGCAGCGAUUCGCAAUCGACCUGGAGAUUGGUGCGCGACGAUAUUUUCUGUAAUAUUGGGGCGGGCACCAAUUUGCUUGGUGCGUUGCCUCCGCUCAUGAACUUAUCAGGCAUGGAAUUUGGUGAUUGGGCUCCGACUGACGAGCUUUUAUCUACGGCAACCGAUCAUGAACUAUUUGCCACAUUCGAUUGGCCGCCCUUCGAGAAUCCAGCGAACUACUCUAUACAUGAAGAUGCCUCUCAACAGCCUCAAGAUACAGGAGUCAGCUCCCUACAGUGGCAUCAAGACAACACGCAAGCACAAUGUGACCGUAAAUGUUUGCGGGAAUCCUACGAUAUUCUAUGCAACUUAUCGCUCAUGAAUCCGGGCAAGUUUCAGUCGACAAUGGCAUCGGAGACAACGACAACAGGCGCGCCUGCAGACCACUUCCCGUUAGAUAACAUACUACAACUCAACCGCGAAUGCAGCGAGAGACUAUGCCGCCUAUUGAAUUGUUCCUGUGCUGGCUACCCUCAUCUCGCGUUACUUCAUGCGUCAAUAAUUUCACGCAUACUGAUCUGGUAUCACCAGGGAUUGAGCUAUUCAUCAUCAUCAUCACAUACCUCAUCCCCCUCCCUCAUAGCAACUGCCUUGAAUACCGCUGUUUCACCAACUAACCUUCUGCACAAGGCUCCGGGCAUGUCUCCGCCAUCACCCUGGUCCACAAGCACGGUAGUAAGCAAUACUAGUACGGGUGGUUCAAGCACCCCGACGAAAAUGCAAGGGUCCACGCAAGUGGCUAUGGGAAGCUUUAUUACAGACGAUGAACGGGUACAAGCAUCCCUUCGCAUCCAGUUACUUCUAUCGGAGCUCACAAGACUUGCCGUCUUAAUCAAAGAUUUUGCCUCGCGGGGUUCUAAAGCCAUUGACGUAUCAGCGUCAGGUACUAUAAACCCUUUGUAUCACAGCCUAGGCUCUUGGCUACUGAGCGAACAUGCAAGCAUUAUGGAGAUAAUGAGGUCGCGGUUGAUGGAUUUUAGCAUUUAAAUAAAUAGAAACGAGCAUUUGUAUUACAUUACACAUAAUAACGAAUUGGUAUAGAUUAAUCAAGAAUAUCUCU